CUCACACAGGUUAUGAGUCGUAGGGUAUGCAUAUUAAGUGUUUACAAAACGAUACCAUAGUGAUGUGGCCCUGUGGUCGGACAUUAACUUGCUGAUGUGAUGGCGGAAGGCAGGAAGGCAGUCUUAAAUCAUUGAUUUUACACCAGGAAGAUGAAUGUCUAGGUGGUAUUGCCUUGAAAAUUGGGUGACUAAAAUAUCCCAUAGAUAAUCAUUGUCAACACUUAAGAAACUUGCAAAGGAGAAAAUUAAAACUUCAUAAUACUGAACAACUAUGGAAAUAAUCAGCGUGAUUAUAUUUUGUGUGAUCGUGUACGUACUGUGGACUUGUUGUGGAAGCAGCGGUAAAAAGACAUCCUCCUCUGCUUCAAGGUCAAGGUCAUCUAAAGAACAAACUGGCAGCACAAGUUCCCAAAGUAACUUGUACCCUGACCUUAGCCAGCUUCAGAACAAUAGUAUAUUUAACAUGUUUGGUGGUAGUAGUUACGACACUAUCCUAGACAAGUUCAGUACCUUGGAUGAGGUCCAGACCGCUAUCAGGAAGGCCGGACUAGAAUCAUGCAAUCUCAUAUUUGGCAUAGACUACACCGUCAGUAAUAUGCACUCAGGUCAAAGGUCAUUUGGUGGUAAAAAUCUACAUGCAAUAGGACCAAUGUUCAUGAACCCCUACCAACAGGUCAUCUGUAUCCUCGGAGAAACGCUCGAACCAUUUGAUGACGAUGGCAUCAUCCCUGCGUUUGGAUUUGGUGAUGUUUCGACCAGAGGUCAUGGAGUGUUUCCUUUUCGAACAGAAGGAUAUUGCCAUGGUUUCCAUGAUGUACUUGAAGCUUACAACCAAAUAACGCCAAACGUCCGAAUGAGUGGUCCGACAAACUUUGCUCCCCUGAUACGACAAGCGAUUGACAUUGUAAAGAAAACAAAGUCGUAUCACAUUCUAGUAAUCGUCGCUGACGGUCAGGUCACCAACGAACAGGACACAAUCAACGCCAUUGUUGAAGCUUCAAGAUGGCCGCUUUCCAUUGUAAUGGUCGGAGUUGGUGAUGGACCAUGGGAAGUCAUGAGAGAGUUUGAUGAUAAAAUUCCACACAGAAAGUUUGAUAACUUCCAAUUUGUUGACUUUAACGGUGUGAUGUCCUCGUCCAGGAAUCCUCAGGCUGCAUUUGCACUUCACGCUUUGAUGGAAAUACCAGACCAGUACAAACUGAUACAAAAACAUGGCCUGCUUAAGUUUUAACUUGUGAUGUUAUUUCUGUUAUACAGUACAAACUGAUACAAAAACAUGGCCUGCUUAAGUUUUAACUUGUGAUAUUAUUUCUGUUAUACGAUUGUAUAUUUGUCUUAUGACUGACAUUGUAAUAUUUUUAUACCAGUAAAUCAUCUCCAUAUGCUGACAUCAAUUACUCAUCAUUUGUUAUCCAAUCAAAAUGUUUGAAUUUGUGGAAGGAAAUAAAACAGGUACAGCAAUUGA